AUGACUUCCUUGCAAACCUUCCCCCUCUUCGCCCGUUUACCCUAUGAACUGCGCGUCAAAAUUUACGAAUUCGCGCUCCCCGGCCCGCGUGUCGUCCCCAUACGCUACAACAGACAACAACAACAAUACACCAGCGACUCUUCCCCUCCAGUCCUCCUCCACGUCUGCUCAGAAUCGCGGCGCAAGUUCACCUCUAUCUACGAAAACCUCAGACUCUCCCAGAAAUUCGAAUCAUCCAUCUGGGUCGACUUCACACGCGACACCAUCUUCUUCGACAACCUAGACUGCAGUCCGGAAGGCGAUCUAGCGCUGGAUCUGGCCAGGAGCCCGCAGAGCCAGAAGGUGCUGUAUUGUGCUAUUGAUGCGCAGUUAUGGGAAGUGCUGCGAGUUUUCCGGCCGGCCAAUCUAGGUGAGGUGAGAAUCAUGCGGAAUUUGAAGACGCUGGCGCUUGUGUUGAAGCAUGAUUAUGAUCGCGGUCUACGGCAAACACGGAUGAUGUAUGAUGGGAGGCAAACAACACAGGUUGAGGUGGGCGAUACAGGGUCAGAGAUUCAACAUGUGCAGUUCAAUGUGGACAGCAUUCGAUGGGACUUGGAGCAUGAGACGGAUCCGAAGUGGGAAGGGCCACCGCCGAAUGUUCAGAUGUGGAUAAUGUGA